AUGUCUUCUCAUUGCACCACCACCUUCCUCCUUAGAUUCUCGGGAACCAACCGAGGCUCGGUGUCAUGUUCUCCGGCAAAUCAACCCUCUAAACUUUUCGCAGGUUUUUGGUCAUGUGGAGCAAAAGCUAGUCGGCAAGAUUACAAAUUUAGACUAAAGAAUGGCAGAUGGCCGUUUAUAUGUGCAGAAUACAUCGAUGUGAUUCCGAAUGGGUUUGUGGAGGAUGACAUAGAAGGAAAAUCUCUUAAAACGGUGUCUACACCAAAUAAUAUCAAGGAACACGUUGAUUCGAUCCGAUCAAUGUUGGCUUCCAUGGAUGAUGGGGAGAUAAGCGUAUCGGCUUAUGACACAGCAUGGGUUGCUCUGGUUGAAGAUAUUAAGGGAAGUGGUGUUCCUCAAUUCCCAACCACCCUUCAAGGGAAGUGGCAUUCCCCUCACUGA